GGGCUAUUUAAUCGGGCUUUUUAGGAGAAAGCCCAAUUCGCAUCAGCCCAAUUUAAGCUGUUCCUAAUUCGGAGUACAAUUUCAAUUUCAGUUGUGUUCUUCCUUUUCUCCGAAGCUGAAACUGUUCAAAAAUCUAUGCUCCUUCGUUCAAUUUCAGGAUUUGAGUUCGAGUUUUGGCUGACGAAUCGUAGCGUGUUCUACUGAAUCUGAAUCGGAAAAAAAUGGUUUCCUUCGAGAUGAACGAGCGAAAAAAAAUUGGACUUGGUUUGACGGGAUUUGGUGUCUGCAUUUCACUGUUGGGGAUCAUUAUGUUGUUCGAUAAGGGACUAAUUGCAAUAGGAAAUAUCCUCUUCGUGUCAGGGGUGACUGUAACCAUUGGACUCAAGUCAACCAUGCAGUUCUUUAUGAAACGCUCUAACUUUAAGGGGACAGUUUCAUUUGGUAUUGGCUUCUUCUUUGUUAUCAUUGGAUGGCCAAUAAUAGGAAUGAUAGUUGAGACAUAUGGAUUUGUUGUGCUCUUCAGUGGCUUCUGGCCGACACUGGCUGUUUUUCUGCAGAAGGUUCCUGUCAUUGGUUGGCUGUUCCAGCAACCUUUCAUCAGAUCGUUUUUCGAUCGCUACCGUGGAAAACGAGUACCAGUGUGAGUUUCGUAUAGGACAAUGCAAGCAGCAGCACAUUGAACAACUAGAAGGUGUUGUAAAAUACUAUCUGACAGGAAUGGGCAUGUAAACUGAUUCCAGUAUGGUUUUCUCAGUUGGUGAUAUAGAGGCUUACGUGUAGAGUUUUUGAACAAUCUCUACUCAUCAUUGGCAAAUAGAAGAGUCAAAAAAAAUUCGUUAGAGAUUUUAAACCGGUCCUCAUUUACGAGUUUAACGCUCCAAUUACCCUUUGAUUUCCCGUUUCUUAAUAUGAAUGAAUACUUUUACGAGUUUAACGCUCCAAUUACCCUUUGAUUUCCCGUUUCUUAAUAUGAAUGAAUACUUUGUUUGUCGUCUAGAACAACAUUUAACUGGUAUGAGACUCUUUUCAAAGGUAUA